GGCUAGACGUCAACUGCAUAUAAGAAGGGCAUGGGAACGACCAAGUCCCUUCAUUGAGAAAAGCAAAAUCCGACGUUCACGCUGCUCAACUUCCAUGAUCCUCAUCGAAGUGUAACCUGUAAAUCUUGGUCCUCAAUGAGAUGAACGGUAGACAAGAUGCCUCUGUUAGCGUAGAAAAUGUCAAAUAAAUGAAUUCAGAGAAUGAACAUUCAAAGGGGAGGGCCCCUCUCGCGCUUUCGUUGAAACGGAAAAUCCUUGGAGUGGAAGGUGGCUCUGCUGCAAAUUCUUCCUCCUUCUCCCUCCUCCUUAAUCGGUUGACACAGGUAGCAGGCAGUUGACAAUUCGAAGCUUCUUCCUCUCCCUCUUUCACACACACACACGGAGGAAACCUCCUGUGGCCUCACUUCCUUUUUAAGUGGUUUUCUACGCAACAACCGAUCACUUUCUAAAAAUCCCAAUUCCCUUCGUCUCUCUGGUUGUUCAUAUAACUCAAUCUCCAACACCGCCAUCUUUGAUCCGAUAGUUGGUUCUCUCUUUCUCUCUCUGUCUCUCUGUGAGUGAGGGGAACCAUGGUUCCCCCAGGCUAUGGUCUCGAUUCCUCCCAGCGUUCUGUCCAAUUCCUGAACAAGGUCCUCUCCGCGAGAGGGCCUUCCGCUUUGCCAUACAAAGAGGAGGUCAAGUGGUUGAUCAGGCAGCAUCUGUUGAGUCUGCUUCAGGAAUUCCCCAGCCUUCAGGUGAAGACCGCCGUCUUUACCCACAACGACGGCCGGACGGUGAAUCUCCUGCAGGCCGAUGGGACGAUCCCCAUGUUGUACCAGCUAGUCACUUACAACAUCCCCGUUGUCAUCUGGUUGACGGAGCACUACCCGCGCCAAUACCCCUGUGUUUUCGUCAAUCCGACGAGGGAUAUGCUCAUCAGACCCUGCCAUGCCCAUGUCGAUCCCUCCGGCCUCGUUUCCGUUCCCUAUAUGCAGAGUUGGACUUUUCCGAGUUCGAAUCUCGUCGAUUUGGCGAGGAAUAUGAGUCUUCUCUUCGGUAGGGACCCCCCCUUGUACACCAAGCAGCCUGCUCCUGUAGCGCACAGGAUUCAGAACCAGUAUCAGGGUUCUGCGUCCUCUACGACGGUGAGAAGGCCGUCCUCCCCGUCGCCCUCUUCUGCGGCUUCGGACCAUCCGCCACCAAGUGUUCGUCCGAGCAACGUUGCGCCUCCAACCCCGCCCUACGGCCGGACGGUGCCGCCAUCUCCUCAAAGACCCAAUACCGAUGACCCAUCUGAGGUUCUCAAGAAGAAGCUGCUGGAGAUGCUUCAUUCUGAUACUGUUGCAUUGAGGAAGUCGAGGGAAGAGGAGACGGACUCGCUCGUCCGGGCGCAGCCGGAGUUGAAACGGCGGGGGCGACAGAUAGAUGAAGGGCUGAGGCAGAUGAUAGACGAGAAGGAGGGGUUGGAGCAGUUGCUUCAGAUGGUUCUUAUGAACACGGAUGUGCUUGAGACGUGGCUGAGAGAAAAUGGCGAGAAGAAUAAGUUGGUGAUCGACGUCGACGACGUUUUUGAACCCUGCGAUCCUCUGUCUCGGCAGAUGGUUGACUGCACUGCUUCCGAUCUCGCAAUUGAGGAUACAUUCUACUCUCUAGAUAAGGCAAUGCAGCAAGGAGUUAUCCCCUUCGACGUGUACAUGAGGAACAUAAGAGCUCUGUCUCGAGAGCAAUUCUUCCAUCGAGCAACUUCUGCAAAAAUCAGGGCAGCUCAAAUGCAGUCUGUUAUUACGAGUAUGGCUUCUCGCGCUACUCCUUAUGGCGUUUGAAUCAGAUGACACUGCCGCCUGAUUGCAUUUCUCCUUCCAAGUUUCGGUGAUGGGUACGUACUGCCAAAUUGGUGUCCGUGGAGUUAUCUUGGAUACUGCCAAGUUGAGAACUGAUCGAUUGGUUCCUUCCUUAAGGUCUUUCGUGUGCAAACUGUAAUUCUGAGAGCUUGAGUUCAUGGGGAGUGUUCAGUUGUCUUGAUGAUGCGUACUUGUACAGCUUUCUUCUGCUGUUUUUUAGUGAGGAAUUUACAGGAUAUCACUGGUACUUGGUCUGUGCUGCUUUAGGCAUCCCCAUACGCAUCCUUUUGUGUUCUUUCUAUCGUGUUUAGAGGGAAACAGGUUUUUGUUGUCCCAUUGGUUGUCUAACGCCUCGAGCUCUUAAAACAGAAUAUCUCUGGAAGUAUGUAUAUUUUUUUUGUUCGUCUUUUUUUGUGUUUAUAUUGUAGUUCAAUCCAAAUUCAAAUACAUAUGUGACAAUUUCAAUUACAAACCUAUGUUAUUCUUUUCUUUGUUAACUUUAA